UGCUUACACUUUCUAGUACUUUCUGUAUGUUUCUCCAAAAUUUUUUCCCUAUUGUAAAUUCGUGAAAAGUGAAAAUGUUCAAUGAUCAAUUUAAUGCACACUCUUUACUUUUUAUAUUACAAAAAAAGAUAUAUUAUUGAUAUUCUAAAACGAGAUGGAUGUUGGCAUUGAAAACAGAGAAGAAGGACGAUGAACUUAAGUACAGAAAGUACAAGUAAAAUGAGAUUGGUAAUGGUUAAUAAGAGGAACGUAGUUUAAAGGGAAACAGCUGAUUAAGAAAUAAGAGAAACAGACAUAAUAGACAAUCUGCAUUUGGAGAAGAAAGAAAAAUUCGACUCAAUUCUAAUUUUAUAUUUAAUUGUACGUGUUAAUUCAUAUAAUUUUAUAGGUUAUAAAAACAAAGGCACAAGUCACCAGAAAUGUUGUCGGCGAUUGUGAAAGAACAUCAAAGCAAACAAGCGGUGAGGAAAGAACGGCAAGAGCAAAAGCGAAAAGAUGCCGUCCAAGCUGCUAGCAACUUGACACAAGCCCUAGUUGAUCACUUGAAUGUUGGUGUAGCUCAAGCUUAUUUAAAUCAGAAAAAGCUGGAUGCAGAAGCGAAACAACUGCAACAUAGUGCGACCAAUUUUGCCAAACAAACACAAUUAUGGUUAAAUUUGGUAGAAUCCUUCUCAAGCUCUUUAAAAGAAAUUGGAGAUGCAGAAAAUUGGGCACGUAGUAUAGAAGGAGAUAUGAGGACAAUAGCCACUGCUUUGGAAUAUUCAUAUAAAGCUACGCAAGAGAAUCAGAAUGUUGGUAAUGUUUAAAGACGUUAAGAUGUGAAAUGUUUCCUUUUGUGAGCAUAAACUAGUUAUAUUUAUGAAUAAUAUAAAGAUUUCUUUUAAUAA